AUGGCGUAUCAGAGUCUGAAAAGUAAACCAGGUCAAAUGACCCCGGGGGUAAACCCCGAAACAUUGGACGGGAUGUCUUCCAUUGUUAUCGAAACUAUGGUAGAUAAGCUUAAGUCGGAAUCUUUCGAAUUUCAACCAGGUAGAAGGGUGCAAAUCCCAAAAGCCUCGGGAGGGACUAGACCUCUGACAGUGGCGCCUCCUAGAGAUAAGCUUGUCCAAGAGGCCAUGAGAAUGGUCCUUGAAGCAGUUUACGAACCAAUAUUCUCGGAUAACAGCCACGGUUUUAGACCCUCAAGAAGUUGCCAUACUGCUCUUAAGAUGGUGAAACAACAAUUUCAACCUGUAAACUGA